AUGGACACUACAAGUUCAUUGUCCGCUUUUACCGUCCCACGGAAGCUUUUGACCGGUCAUAAACGCCAUGCUGAUGCUUCUAUAGACCGUCCUCCUUCAUUUUUCUUGACUUUUAAUGAUUUUGCAACAUUUUCUAUCCGUGGUGACGUCCAGGAAUCUCGUUUCUAUAACGAUUUAGAAAUGCAUCGACGCACGCUCGUCACGACCAAAGACACGUCACAUGUGACACGUCAAAAGUCGUCUGGUAUCAACAUAAAAAGGACCACGCACCAUUUAAUUCAAUUACUAAUGGAAGCAAUAAAGACCUCUCGUAUACAAAUUCCAGCACAAAAAAGGAUCGAAUUGGAGAAUGCACGACGAAGAAUUUCGAGCUUCUCAGUAUCAGAACAUGAACAAUAUCUCAUGCUCCAAUGCAGUCUAUUUCAAGCUCAACAGCGUGGAUUGCCAGAGGUUUUAGCACUUGGAACUAAGGAAGCAAAGCAGUGGCAAAAGAUGAAAGUGAAAGUUGAACGAGAACAAGUGGAAUUUUGUCGAAUGAUGACAAAAGGACUUGCAUUCGAAGCUGCUGUUCAUGAGAAUCAAGUGCCGUCAUUUGCUGCCUCCUCGUACAAUGCAAUGCUGACGCAGUGCUGGAACGAUAUUUAUCGUCUUUACCCACGUUGGUUUGAUCCUUGUAUGGACAUCACGCUGCCAAAAGAUGGCGUCUCGAACGGUUUGACGUGGGCCGAGAUUGAGACGAAGAAGGUGGCUACGCGUGGCGUUUGUUGCACAAUUGAUGUAACAAAACUUGUUUCUGGUCAAACAUUGAAGAGUACGACGAACGAGAGCGAUGGAUUGACGUUGGACGUUGCAUUGCCACGCCAGGUUAUCUCCACCGACGGACAAGCAGUGCAGUUGAUGGAAACCUACGACUGUGACAUUGCCAUCUCGUCGUCUACGCUAGUCGCACUGUUUGAUAGUGAUACGUCAACCCGCUUUGCCCACGUACCUGUAGGUUGGGGUAUCCCUAUGAAAAGCCGAGCGAGCGUUGACGGAAACGUUAGUACGAAGAAGCGUAUCUAUUUAGAUCGGCCAUUGCCAGGUAGCAAUCCAGGCACGCGAGAAAAAGUAGCAGAGGCUGGACGUUCUGCACUGUUGUCUCGAUUUGAGGCCGAAUCUGUGCUUGAAGGAUCCACUGGUGGACGAACAGUAUACCAUAUCUGGCAACUCAACGAAAAGCGGAUUCUCGUGCGCAGUACGACGCAUAUGCAUAUGAUUGCACCUACUCUCUCAGGCGGUGCUUCGUCGUCUUCGAAUAUGCUGCAAGAUGAACAACACAAGAAACAGGCAACUGCACCGCUAAGCGUAUUUGUCAAGCCAGACUACCAUUUGCUGGGAGUUGAGGAGCAGCUGACUACGAGUGAAAGAUGUCGCUUCUGGUUCCAUUCGUGGCUCCGUGGCGGUUCGACUGUACUUGUGGCAAGGGUGAACCCCAAGAGGGAUAUCGUCAGCUCCUGGAAAACCUAUUCGCCAACCUCUCUCAUCUUUGGAGACAAGAGUGAGCAAUGUCUUCCACCCGAGUGUUUUGAUCCCUCAUCGAAGUUUGAGUGGUUAUCUAUGCUGUUUGCAGGAUUGGUGGAUCUCCCGGUUGGGAAUUACCUCUUGCGGCCAAAAGAUGCGUGUGGACCAAGUACAUUUGGGAAACAACGUGACGGUGUCGAAAUUCUCAUGGCUACAACUGAGCCUGGGGUCGAAACGUCUGCAAUUGACUUGUAUAGCUUCAUGCCAAAGACAAGUGACGAUGGAGUCGCGGUCAGUUCGAACAUUCCUCCCGUGCUGCCAGCGUGGAAUCUCUGUGAUCGUAUCCCUUACACUUUUCGGACGGGUAUGUACUGUUUACCGUUCCUUUUGGAUGGGGUCUGUCCAAGCGUCUCCAUGGACAAAAAUUGUGAGCACGUUCAUCUGCAUCUGCCAGAACAACGUGGAUCGAGGAAAACGAAGCGAUGGCGCUUUGAUAAUUACACGAAUUUGCUGAAGAAAACGACUGCGACUACAAAGUCGAAAGUGAUGAAAUACCCAAAGCGGGUGACGCUGAAGAGCGGAUUUUGCGGUGAAGACAAGACGCCACCUUUGGUAAUUACGACAACCAACUUGUACACUCCAGUUCAUUGUUCGAAACGUCCAAGUGAGUGCUCCCUCCCACAUUUGACACUUCACCAGAUUCUCGAACGUCUUGCAGAUGAAAUUAUACGCACCGAGCGAAAGAAUCGUGGAGGUCAAAAGAAGGAGAACCGCAGACCUUAUAAGAAAAGUGUAGGUUGA